GGAAGUCUGUCUAAAUAUGGCGGGUAUACACAAAUUCGCAAGUUUGGAUGAAUGUGAAAAAUACCUCGAUAUAUACAAGCAAAAAUACCUCGAUAUAUACAAGCAAAAUACCCUAUCGAGGUGGACGAAUGUGCAUACCAGGAGUAAAUUUGGCUUAACUGCUCCUGAAUUUCUUAGUGGUGUUAAGAUGACCACCCAAGUUCAGUGGCGGAAGCAAGCAGAAGAUGGUAUCAAAAUUCCCUUUGAUGGUGUACCCUUUUUCAUCCUUGGUAAAAAACAGUAUGCUUGUCACAGAGGCAAGGAUAAAGAUAAGCCACAGAAGGAGAAAAGGAAAUUGGCCAAUGAUGCCAAAUGUGAUAAAGAUCACACUUUUUCAAGGUUAAGGAAGAAGACACUGGUGCAGGAUACCAAGAAAGUGAAUUGUCCUGCACAAAUUUUCAUCGACAGAGUUCUUAGAUUCCCACAGUACAAAGCAAGGUCUUCCUCUGAAGGGGAUAAGAAAAUUGCUUCUAGGGCAUUGCGCCUCGGAUUGACCACAAAGGACUCAAAGGCUGCAGCUGGAGCUGAGGAAGUAUUCUUGAUGAAAAUACCUGACAACGGAAGUCACAGGGGUCAUGUUACAGAUAUUGGAAGUGUUGAAGUCAUCCAGAGGUCUUGGAAAAUGUCUACUCGAAGUUUUCUACACGUCGUCAAGAAAAUAAAUAACGUUGACCAAGGCUUGAUAGACCGAUGCACCCGGUUUAUGGUCGGAGACAAACAGAUCGGAAUAAUUCUUCCAGACAGUCUGGCAACGCUUGAAAAAUAUGUGGACACAUUUGACAAAACGCUGAACGAUAAAAACCAAAUGUGUCUCUAUCUGAAGUCAAAAUAUGACACGUUUGAAAGUAGAAGUGAACAGUUGGCUACAGUUUUAACAGAUCUUAGAGCACGUGACGUAUUCUCAUGUUUGAAAGGUUGGAGAAAUGAAUGCUAUAAUGCAUUUGAUAGAUUCUGUGAUCCACCUUUAUUCAAAGUAGAACGAUCCGCCUCGGGACUACUAGGGAUUAAAGCAUCCGGAGUUCACAUCAAUGGGUAUGUUAAAACCAUUGAUGGGAUAAAACUGUGGAUUGCCCGACGUUCAUUAACUAAACCAACAUAUCCUGGGCUACUAGAUAAUAUCAUAGCAGGCGGGAUCGAGGCUGGACGUGGGUUUCUAGAAACAGCUCGGAAAGAAUCCCAAGAGGAAGCUAGCGUACCUGACGAGCUAUUGGGAAACUUGAAACCAGCUGGCUGUGUUAGUUACUGGUACAUGGAUGACAGAGGAAUACUACCAGAGACCGAGUACGUCAUGGACAUCGAACUACCUUCAGAGUUCCAGCCCGUUAACUCCGAUGGAGAAGUUCUAGAAUUUUACUUGUGGCCCAUUGAUAAGGUACAAGAGAUGUUAUACCUACAUCUUGACCAGUUUAAACCAAAUGUAGCUGUCGUCAUGUUGGACUUUCUUAUUCGUCAUGGAUACGUACACCCGGAUAAUGAACCUAACUACGCUCAAAUUGUACAAGGAAUACAUAGGACACAUUUCUAGAUUGUU